AUGUCCAGUUCCAAGUUGCGGAAAGAACCUCCAAGUCCCAGUUUCACUCCUAGUUCGCUUCGGCGAUUGUCCCCGUCUCCAGAACCUCAGGCAACGCGUCCACUCAGGAUCGUCGCCUCAGGUGUCAUCUUCCUUAAUCACACCAUCACAGUACCUGCACACCCGGAGGAGGGUGCAACCAUCAGGGCUCAGGCCGUAGCGCGUCUGCGGGGUGGGUCUGCCGCAGCGUGUCUGUCCAUCAUAUCUCAAUUUGCUGAAACUCAAUCAUGGCUUGUUGCUCCCAUUGGCUCAGGUCCAGAGGGGUCCGCAUUGAGGGUCGAGCUUGAGAGAGAAGGCGUAAACACGCGUCUUUGCGCGCGUCGCGAAUCUGCAGACGGUGUCCCAAAGGCGUUUGUGAUCAAAUCCAAUGCCGGUACACAGACCGUGAUUAAUUACAAUCCUAUUCCAGACGUAACCCACGAGGAGUUCUUCCGGCUCAUUGGCCCUCUGCUUUACUCGGGUCGUCCACCAGAUGAUGGGUCAGGCUUUGCGACUCUACCACCUUCACCUCCUUUAGACUGGGUUCAUUUCGAAGGCAGAGAUGUCGCUACAACGGCCCAGAAUAUGGCGGGCCUGGACAGCUGGCUGACGGAGAAAGAUUGGAGGAGCCGAGUUACCAUCAGUGUGGACCUAGGCAAACCGGGAAGAACAGGGUUGGAGGCUUUAAUUCCUCACGCAGACGUGAUUUUCUUUUCGAAGUCAUAUGCCAUGACAAGGAAUUUCUCAUCACCCAGAACCUUCCUGCUUUCAAUGCGGUCUCAAGUCCCGCCUCAUUCGCUCCUCGUUUGUGAUUGGGGACGAGAAGGAGGAGCCAUCUUAAGUAUGCCCACACGUGAAUACUUCCAGUCGAGUUCGUUCGUCCCAGACCCAAACGAGGAUCCUGAUACUUCACGAAUAUCAAGUGUACGCUCUAGCUCCGCUGCAUUCUCGUGGUCCGGAACGUCACCUUCUGAUGCCGACGAAUCAUUUGAAUAUUGGGACGAGGAGCGCAAGCGGCAAUGGGCGCGAAAUGUGGAUAAAGCGAACUCGGGCAGCCGAAGCGGCGAUGACGAUGAGGAGCUUGAUGAAAGUGCAGGGGAAGAUACAUUUGUUGGAGGGAUUAUAUUCUCCCUCUCGCGGAGAAUGCUCCCAGGUUUUCCGUAUUGCCCUCGACCAACGACCCCAACCCAGCGUAACCGGAAUCUCAGUCCUUAUGACAUACCACCAAACACGGUAAUCAACGCGACGCCUUUGUACGAAGGCAGAUGGCGCUUAGACGAGUGCUUGAGGUUCGCAACAGAGCUAGCUGGAAGAGGAUGCGACGGAGAACGGACGAAGGGCUUGCAUUAGUGAUGGAGAGACAGGGAUGGUGCAUGUAAAUUAUGAUAAGAUACCCUCUCUUUCUCAACAUACCCUUGGUUUCGAUCCCCUUACCUUGCUUGCAAAGCCUCUUCCACCACAAUUCCCCUUUCCAUCCACGGCCAUAGGACUCGGAGAACACCGCAUCCCGUCCGAUCUGCGAAGUUAAGCCGAGUGCCGCUUAGUUAGUACCAUGGUAGGGGACUACAUGGGAAUCCUGAGUGCUGUGGUUCUUUUUUCUCCCUCGCCCUUCCCUUUCAUCACAUGUUGUUCUCCAAUCUCAAUUUUCUCCAUACAUGCACGACUAUAUGACCAACUUGAUAUAUAUUCGCUUGCAACGUAAUCACGUUGAGGCAGUAUCUGGUAAAGUUAAAUCUAUUCCUAUAUCCAUAAAAUUAAAAAAGCUGUCAACCUACUUUC